AGUAAAGAAAGUUUAAGGGUUAUGGAUCUUUCUUUCAAUUUUCUCACAGGCUUUGAUGGUCAAGUUCCAAUUCCUCUUCCAUGGACUAAUCUAGCCAUUCUAGACCUUAGCUCUAACCAGCUCGAAGGGUCACUUCCUAUUCCACCAUCCUCCACUUUGCGCUAUAAUAUUCCAAACAAUAAGUUGAGUGGAAGAAUUUCACAAUGGAUUUGCAACAUGACUUCUAUUCAGAUGCUUGAUUUGUCUAAUAACAGCUUAAGUGGUUCACUUCCUCAAUGUUUGAACAAGUUUGGUGAUUCUUUAUUAGUGCUUAAUCUACAAAAGAACAAACUUGAGGGAAGCAUUCCACAAACUUGGGCAAAGGGAACCCAAUUGCGAAUGAUAAAUUUUAGUGAAAACAAAUUCCAAAACCGGUUACCAACAUCAUUGGCCAAUUUAAUGAUGCUAGAGGCUAUUGAUCUUGGUGUCAACCAAUUCAAUGAUUCUUUUCCCUAUUGGUUUGGAAAUCUUCCAAAUUUAAUGGUUCUCUGUAUAAGGUCUAACAAAUUCAAUGGUCCAAUAGUCAUUCCUAAUGCUGAGUAUAAGUUUCCCAACUUGCGAGUCCUUGAUCUUUCCAACAAUAGCUUUUCAGGAAAGUUGCCACUAGAAAUAUUUCAGAAUUGGAAGUACAGGGAUUUUGAGAACGAAAGCCCUUUAACUUAUAUUCAUGUGAAGGCAAAUUUUACCAUACCAAAAGGUAGUUGGAAUUAUCAUUUGUCUUAUGAUUACAAUUACUCAAUGGCAAUUACAAACAAAGGCAUGAAUAUGGUAUAUCAAAGGGUCCAAGAGCUCUUUAGAGGUAUUGAUAUGUCAAGCAAUAGGUUUGAAAGAGAGAUCCCAGAAUCAAUUGGUGAUUUAAAGGUGCUUCAUUUGUUCAAUGUUUCCAAUAACUUCCUUAGUAGCAAUAUCCCAUUUUCAUUGGGAAAUCUUGCAGGGUUGGAAUCAUUGGACAUUUCUUUAAACAGACUCUCAGGGGAGAUCCCACAACAGCUAACACAACUUAAUUUCUUGCAAUAUUUCAAUGUCUCUUAUAAUAAUCUUACGGGACACAUACCAAGUGGGCAACAAUUUAAUACAUUUCAAAACAAUUCAUUUGAGGGAAAUUCAGGAUUGUGUGGGAGCCCAUUGACAAAUAAUUGUAAUAAUUUUGAUACUUUGCUGCCUCCAGCCUCAAUCUCAGAGAAUAGUGAAGAUUCAGAUUCUCCAUUUGAAUUUGGUUGGAAAAUAGUUGUGAUUGGGUAUGGAUUUGGUACAGUUGUUGGAGUGAUUAUUGGGCAUGUUGUGAUUGCAAGGAACCCUGAUUGGUUAAGGAAGACAUUUGGAAUGAAGCAACUUGGGAGGAGACAUAGAAAUUGAUUUAAUAAAUUUGGACAAGAGUCUUCCAAAGAUGUAAAUAUGUACUUUAUUUUUAUUUUUUCACUUUUCAACUUUUGGGUAUAUUUUGUGCUGGGAUUGCAUUAUGGCAUUUUAUGUAAAAAGUAAUGGUGACUUCACCGAUUUGGGAAUGUGAAGUAAUAGCACUAGCUUGUAUUCAAAGUUUGUUAUU